AUGACAUUUCAAGCCUAUGAAAUGGUGCUCCUAGACCUAAGAUUUAAUAGGAUUAAAGAAAUCCAGCCUGGAGAGUUUAGACGGCUUAAAAACCUGAAUACACUGCUUUUAAACAACAAUCAAAUUAAAAGAAUACCUAGUGGUGCAUUUGAGGACCUUGAAAAUCUGAAAUAUCUCUAUUUGUACAAGAAUGAAAUCCAGUCAAUUGACAGGCAAGCAUUUAAAGGACUUGCCUCUCUAGAACAACUGUAUCUGCACUUUAAUCAAAUAGACACGUUGGAACCUGAAUCCUUUACCCAUCUUCCAAAACUUGAAAGGCUAUUUUUGCAUAACAACAGAAUAGCUCAUUUGAUUCCUGGAACAUUUAGUCACUUAGAAUCUAUGAAGAGACUACGUUUGGAUUCAAACGCUCUUCACUGUGACUGUGAAAUCCUGUGGCUGGCAGAGCUGUUGAAGACGUACGCAGAGUCGGGUAAUGCUCAAGCAGCAGCUACCUGUGAGUAUCCACGAAGGAUCCAGGGAAGAUCAGUGGCCACGAUAACACCAGAAGAGCUUAACUGUGAGAGGCCAAGAAUUACAUCAGAGCCUCAGGAUGUGGACGUUACCUCAGGGAAUACAGUGUACUUCACUUGCAGAGCUGAAGGCAAUCCUAAACCAGAAAUUAUCUGGCUUCGAAACAAUAAUGAGCUCAGUAUGAAAGAAGAUUCCCGUCUAAACUUGCUAGAUGAUGGCACAUUAAUGAUUCAGAAUACUCAAGAAAAAGACCAAGGCAUUUACCAGUGUAUGGCAAAAAACGUGGCUGGAGAAGUGAAAACCCAGGAAGUUACUCUUAGGUACUUUGAGUCACCAGCCCGGCCAAGUUUUGUGAUUCACCCGCAAAAUACCGAAGUGCUAGUUGGAGAGAGUGUUACACUGGAGUGCAGUGCAACUGGGCACCCUCAGCCACGAAUUACCUGGACCAAAGGCGACAGAACCCCUUUACCAAGUGACCCUCGCAUCACGAUAACUCCAUCAGGAGGACUGUACAUACAGAAUGUGAAGCAGGAGGACAGUGGCGAGUAUACCUGUUUUGCAACUAACAGCAUAGAUAAUAUCCAUGCGACUGCAUACAUCAUAGUCCAAGCUCUUCCUCAGUUUACUGUCACUCCUCAAGACAAAACAGUGAUUGAGGGACAAACCGUUGACUUCCCUUGUGAAGCACAAGGCUAUCCCCAGCCUGUUAUUGCCUGGACUAAAGGAGGAGGCCAGUUGUCUGUUGACAGAAGACAUUUAGUUCUAUCUUCUGGAACCCUAAGGAUUUCAAGGGUUGCUCUGCAUGACCAGGGACAGUAUGAAUGCCAAGCUGUCAACAUUAUUGGAUCUCAACGAAUUGUUGUAUACCUGACCGUACAGCCUAGAGUGACUCCUGUAUUUGCCAGUGUUCCCAGUGACAUGACAGUGGAGGUUGGCACAAAUGUGCAGAUCCCAUGCAGUGCUCAAGGAGAGCCAGAGCCAGUAAUUACUUGGAAUAAGGAUGGAGUACAAGUAACUGAGAGUGGAAAAUUUCAUGUCAGUCCAGAGGGAUUUCUUACCAUUCGCGAUGUUGGAACAGCUGAUGAAGGUCGAUAUGAAUGUGUUGCCCGGAAUACCAUAGGAUACUCCUCUGUUAGUAUGGUGCUUAGUGUUAACGUCCCUAAUGUCAGCCGAAAUGGAGAUCCUUUUGUACAAACUUCAAUUGUGGAAGCAAUUGCAACUGUUGACAGAGCAAUAAAUUCAACACGUACACAUCUGUUUGACAGUCGUCCUCGUUCUCCAAAUGAUUUGCUAGCCUUAUUUCGAUACCCAAGGGAUCCGUACACUGUUGAGCAAGCAAGAGCUGGGGAAAUAUUUGAAAGGACGUUACAGCUUAUUCAAGAUCAUGUACAAGAUGGUCUAAUGGUUGACCUGAAUGGAACAAGUUAUCACUAUAACGACCUUGUAUCCCCACAGUACUUGAAUCUGAUAGCUAAUCUCUCAGGCUGUACAGCCCAUCGACGAGUGAACAACUGCUCAGAUAUGUGCUUCCACCAGAAGUACAGGACACACGAUGGAACAUGCAACAACCUUCAACAUCCCAUGUGGGGUGCUUCUCUGACAGCCUUUGAGCGUCUCUUAAAGUCAGUCUAUGAAAAUGGAUUUAACUUGCCUCGGGGAAUUGAACCCAGGAGGCUCUCUAAUGGCUACGCACUCCCAAUGCCUCGCUUGGUUUCAACUACUCUGAUCGGAACGGAAACAAUAACUCCUGAUGACCAGUACACUCACAUGCUCAUGCAGUGGGGUCAGUUUCUUGACCAUGACCUUGACCUCACCGUGGCUGCCCUAAGUGAAGCCAGGUUUUCGGAUGGUCAGCAUUGCAGUUCGGUUUGUACAAAUGAUCCUCCAUGCUUUUCAAUCAUGAUACCACCAAAUGAUCCCAGAGUUCGAAAUGGUGCACGCUGCAUGUUUUUUGUACGCUCCAGUCCAGUUUGUGGAAGUGGUAUGACAUCUCUCCUGAUGAAUUCUGUGUACCCACGGGAACAGAUCAACCAGCUGACUUCAUACAUCGAUGCGUCUAAUGUGUAUGGCAGUUCAGACCAUGAAGCACUAGAAAUCAGAGACUUGGCAAGUCAAAGGGGUCUUCUGAGACAGGGCAUCGUACAGAGAUCUGGCAAGCCCCUUCUUCCAUUUGCUACUGGCCCACCAACAGAAUGUAUGAAAGAUGAAAAUGAGAGCCCCAUUCCCUGCUUUUUAGCUGGUGAUCAGCGUUCAAAUGAACAGCUGGGUCUUACAAGCAUCCACACGCUGUGGUUUAGAGAACACAACAGAAUUGCCACAGAGCUGCUGAAACUCAAUCCACACUGGGAUGGUGACACAAUAUAUCAUGAAACACGCAAAAUUGUUGGUGCAGAAAUGCAACACAUAACAUUUAGCCACUGGCUACCUAAGAUCUUUGGAGAGGUAGGCAUGAAGAUGCUUGGCGAAUAUAAGGGUUAUGAUCCCAGUGUUAAUUCUGGCAUAACUAAUGAGUUUGCAACUGCCGCUUUUAGGUUUGGUCACACACUCAUUAAUCCUUUUCUGUAUCGACUGGAUGAAAACUUUGAACCUAUUCCACAAGGCCAUCUACCUCUUCAUAAGGCAUUCUUCUCUCCAUUUCGGAUUGUAAAUGAAGGAGGCAUUGAUCCACUUCUAAGGGGAUUGUUUGGUGUUGCUGGUAAGAUGCGUGUCCCAUCACAAUUACUCAAUACAGAAUUAACAGAAAGACUCUUCUCCAUGGCACGUACUGUGGCUUUAGAUCUGGCAGCUAUGAAUAUUCAGAGAGGCAGAGAUCAUGGAAUUCCUCCCUACCAUGAUUUUAGAGUUUACUGUAAUCUUUCUUCAGCUCAGACUUUUGAAGAUCUGAAAAAUGAAAUUAAGAAUCCUGAAAUCAGGGAAAAACUUAGCAGGUUAUAUGGUUCCCCACUGAAUAUAGACCUAUUUCCUGCUCUAAUGGUAGAAGACUUAGUUCCAGGAAGCCGACUGGGGCCAACUUUGAUGUGUCUGUUAAGCACACAGUUUAGGCGUAUUCGGGAUGGCGACAGGUUAUGGUAUGAGAACCCAGGUGUGUUCACGCCUGCUCAGCUCACCCAGAUCAAGCAGACAUCUCUUGCCAGAGUUUUGUGUGACAAUGGUGAUAACAUAACCCGGGUACAACAUGAUGUCUUUAAGGUGGCUGAAUUCCCUCAUGGAUAUAGUAGCUGUGAAGAAAUUCCUAAACUGGACCUGAGGAUGUGGCAAGAUUGCUGUGAAGACUGUAGAACUAGAGGGCAGUUUAAUGCAUUUUCAUAUCACUUUCGGGGAAGACGGUCUCUUGACUACAGCUUUCAGGAGGACAAGCCCUUGAAGAAAAUGAAAAUGUCCAAAACAGUAAGUUCUGUGAAAUACAGUAAAUAUUUUCGAAAUGCCACAUCAGCAUCUAAUGAAAAUACAAACAUGCCCGCAGUGAAUGACUUCAAAGAAUUUGUCCUGGAAAUGCAAAAGACUAUUUCAAGCCUCAGAAACCAGAUAAAAAAACUUGAAUCACGACUCAGUAAAACUGAUUGCACUGAUGAAAAGGGUAAAUCAUAUUCCAGCAAUGAAACCUGGAAAAGGGACCCUUGUACUGUGUGUGAAUGCAAAGUUGGUCAGAUUACCUGUUUUGUAGAAUCAUGCCCACCGGCUGACUGCGAAGCACCUGUGAAGGUCAAAGGAGAUUGCUGUCCAGUCUGCUUAAAACAAAAUAUUAAUAAAAAGAAGCCAUAA